GAAGAGGUAGAAUACACAAAAGAUUUUUAUACGUUAAUUAAUGGCAAACAUACCCUUGAUGAUAUAUUAAAAUUUAUUUAUUCAUUCUUAGAACAUUUAAAAACAUUAAAAAAGGAAUUACACAAAAAACACCAAAAGGAACUUUUAGUUGAUGUUGAACAAGAACGUCAUACACGGGAAUAA